AUGGUUGUCGACACAGAAUACUAUGAUAUCCUCGGCACGACGCCGACGGCGACUCCGUUGGAGAUUAAGAAGGCGUAUCGGAAGGCUGCCUUGAAGUGGCAUCCGGACAAGAACCCCAGUCCUGAGGCAGAGUCCAAGUUCCAGCAAAUUGCACAGGCGUAUCAGGUUUUAAGUGAUGAGGAGAAGCGGAAGUUAUACGAUGAGAUUGGUAAGGAGGAAAUGGAGAAGGCGCCUGGCGGAGUUGCCCAGGAAGACAUUGAUCCAAGGGAAUUCUUCACGAUGAUAUUUGGUGGUGAGAAGGUGAAGGAGUGGGUUGGAGAGUUGGCAUUUUUGGAAAUGCUAUUCAACCAGGAGACGGAGACGGAGAUGUCGGAUUCCACACAUAUGACUCUGCAUGGGGGUAAGAAGUCUCGUGAUGUAGCCGAUGGUUCUAAUGCAGGUGCAGGUGGAGAUGGAGUUGGGAACAAGCCGCAAAUGAAUGCAGAGACCAUCAAGAGACAACGUGAACUUGAGGAGAAGAAGGUCCAUGAGUUGGCGGAGAAGCUCAUUACCAAGAUGAAGCCGGUCAUUGCGGUGGGUAACGACAAGGAUUCCGAGGAUUAUCACCUUUACAUCAAGGACAUCACCAACGAGAUUGAGGAGAUCAAGCUGGAGUCGUUUGGACUAGAGAUUUGCCAUUUGAUUGGCCGGAUCUAUAUCUUCAAGGCCACGGCGUUUCUGAAAUCCAAGAAGAUGUUUGGAGGGAUCCGUAAGAUUGGAUCGAAUUUCAAGCAAAGUAAGGAGACCGUCAAGGGGAUGCUAGAUAUGAUAUCCCAAGCCACCGAGGCACAAAAUACUCUUGAGGCAUUACAGGCAUUAGAAUUAACUGAGGAGGAGGAAGACCCUUAUAAGCGUGCACAAUAUGAGCAGGCCAUCACGGGUAAGGUCAUCUCUGUUGCAUGGGCCUCAUCUAAGUUUGAAAUCACGCAAACUCUUUAUGCCGUUUGUAAUCUCGUAUUGAACGACAAGAGCGUGCCAUUACACGAGAGGAAGCUAAGGGCCGAAUUGCUGGCCAUUACUGGGGCGUACUUUGCCAAUGCGCAACGGGAUGCCGACGAGGACGGCGACGCCAUGGUGUUUGAGAAACUCAUGAAGGACGCCAACCUCAUGAAGGCCAGAGACUUGAAGAGAGAGGCAGCCUUAAAGGCCAGACAACGUAUGCGUCAGGGACAAGACACCAAGGGACAAGAAACCAAAAGCCAACCUACAUUGGAACAUACUACCCACGGAGCUGCCGGUUCUGCCACCCCUACCGUCUCUACUGGAGACACCGUUCCUGGUGGGAAUGCCACCACUACUUCCAGUGGUUCCAUGGAACAUGCCAGUCCGCCUGGCUCCCAUGCGCAUUCCCGUUCCGGUUCGGGGUUCUUUAAGAAGUUCAAGGUCAAGUUCAAGUAG